AUGUUAGGAAGUACCUUUUAUCAAGGAUGUAAAUGUGAAGAUCCUGGCCACAGCGAUAUAAAUCUUAAGUGGCUAAAUCCACAUAAUCAAGAAAUAAAAGAUGUGGGACCAGGUACAGAUUCAAACGUUUAUUUGGAAUGGUCAGACCAAAAAACCUACAGCUUGUACAUAUCAAAUGUGGUGAAAUCGAUAUCAGGCGCCUACAAGUGCGUGACUGUUCGUGAUGGUCAGCAGUAUACAUUAACGUAUAAUGUGGAAGCAUAUGAUCCACCAUACUUCGUGAAUACUGAAGAUGUACAAUACGCUAUAAAUGGAAAAGAUUCUCUAAUAACAUGCGAGGCACGAGGUGACUCAGAUUUAUCAAUACGGUGGCACAAAGGAGGAGAAGAAUUUGUCGAGAUAACAGAUGACGAAAAAUACAAAAUCACUUCAGAAGGACUAGUCAUAAUAGGCGCUACAGAAAAUGAUAAAGGCGUUUAUAAAUGUAUUGCAUUUGAAAUUGAAACAGUCGAAGCAAUCGAUAAAGAUAUUAAAGUAGAGGUAAUAUCCACACCGACAAUAGUAGAACUAUUAGCAAUUCCAGACAGAAUAGUGCCGUUUAACAGCAGUUUAUCUGUCGAGUGUUUAGUUGCCGGAGUUCCGCAUCCAGAAUAUACUUGGAGAAAAAUAUCUGAAGAGGAUACCGAAGAAACUAAUACCACAUAUUACCAAGACGGAAAUAAAUUAAUUUUUGAUUCAAUUACGUAUGAAGACCGUGGUUCAUACGAAUGUAUUGCAACUAACAACGCCGGCAGUUCCGCUUCAGCUAUUGAAAUCGAGGUAUUACUCCCACCUAAUAUAACUGAGUUCAAUAACGUAACUGCAAUAGAAGGAUCGAUAGCGCAGAUCGUUUGUAAAGCAUCAGGACAUCCGAUUCCAAGUAUGAGCUUAGAUUUCUUAGGUGAAGAUUCGGAUGAUCAAAGCUUCGUAUGGGAUACUAAGAAUACGAGCUUUACUGAUAUAGAAUUCUAUUUGAGUUUUCUUAGAAUCAAUCGCACUCAUGACGGAGUUUAUAUUUGCAAUGCGACUAAUAAAGUUAGCAGCGCAUCAUCAGAAAUGUACUUAAGUGUUUUAUACGCGCCAUAUUUUAAUGUACCGUUUGAAAGAGUUUGGGUUUGGAAUAAUCAACACAUUAAUUUGAGUUGCGAGCAUCAGAGCAACCCUCCCGCGGUAGUCACUUGGAACUAUAGAUUAACGAAUAAAGAGCUAUCAACUGAAGAACAAGUGGAAAUUAAUAAGAUUAUGGCUAGCUCUUUUCAUAACAAUCCGCUUAUAAUUGAAAAUAAAACGUUGUAUGGAAUAUUUGAGUGUGUGGCGAAAAAUGAAUUUGGUCAAGCGAAUAAAACUUUUCUUGUUCAGGAAGGAUUUGUCCCUUCGGCCAUUAAUAGUGUAGCGAUACAAAACGUAACAUCGAAUUCCGUGACAUUUGCAAUAGAAGGUCCAUAUGAAGUGUUUGGACCAGAAGUUAUAGGAUAUAAAUCAGAGUAUGACGAUUCUGAGAACUAUAAUAUAACUGAUAUCCAUAUGAAUAGAACCUGGUCCAUCGACAGACCAUUUAAGCUGGACCGAUUACGAUCAAACACUAGUUAUUAUAUAAAAUUUGCAGCGAUUAAUAAUGUUGGUGAAGGAUCGUGGAGUGAAACGUUUAAAUUCGUUACCCUCGAAAAAAAUGAUUUCAGAUCAACACCAGAAGAACCGAGGUGGGAGGAAAAUGUACAAGAACUAGUUGAAACUUCUAAGGUAUUGAAGUGGAAAACUGUAGAUAGCGAUGACGCGGUCGACUCCUACACUAUAAGAUAUUGUCCAAUGUUUAACGGAUUAGUAGAAGACGGUAAAUGUGAAGAAGAGAGCAUCGAACGUACUGAUGAGUUUGAUCUCAAUAAAAUGGAGUCAAAUAUAACUUAUUACUUCGAACUUGUCGCUCAUAACUCCAUAGGCAAUUCUUCAACAGCACAUGUCAUAGUUACAACAUCAGCGGAAGAUGAGCCACUAUUAUCAGGAGGCGUUAUAAUAAUUAUAGCAAUAAUUGUAGUAUUUAUUUGCCUUUUCGCCCUCGACUUAUUAUUAUUGCUUUGGAGGAAACAAGGCGUCAUCGCCAGUUGUUGUAUUAAAAAGAAGAAUAAAAGGGAAGCAAGUAUCAACUCAAGGGAUAAGAAAGGUCUUUUAAAGCAGAACUCUGAUAGAUGCGAGUCACAGCGACUGAAUGGCCACAGAGAAUACGAGUACAACAAAACAACUGGAAUCAUUACUGGAAAACAUUCCGCCGUA